UCCUCUCAUUUUGGAUGGCAAAGGCAAUGAGAGAAGUGUAAGACAGCACAGGUGACUACUCAGUGAGUGAAGAGAAAGGCGGGUCCAAGCUUCAUAGGGAAGAACCGAGGAGGACACCCGUCAGGCUCCUCAGGUCGGAAGCUUUUUAGGCUUUUUCUUUCGAGAAAGGAAAUUAUCUGCUCAUUGCGUCGUUCCCCUCGAGAUGAGUGGAAAGAGUUCACCCUCAAUCCCUUGAGCAACCCCGUCGUAUGUAGGCAGUAGUUUAGGACCUGGGUCGUAGGUCGGACGCCCGUGAUUGUCGUCUAGAAUGAAUUAACAAAGUACCGCAGUCAAAGGGACAAGAUCAAACAAUAUGAGCACCGAUAGUUGCUUUUUCUGUUGGACCACAGACGAUCUAACACCUUGCGAAUUGUGCUCGACAGUGUCCUCUUGUUCCACACAUUUCGAGUUGCAUCGAUCCAAGGGGUCGAAAACGUGUCUUCCCUUUCGCGUUCAAACCUCGGCAAUCGUGGGUCGAUUUUUGAUCGCGUCACGGGAUAUCAAGGAAGGCGAUCUCGUUAUCUUCGACGAGGCACUUGUUCUAGCUCCAGAGGAUGGAUCCGUGUGUUAUGUAUGUUUGACCAAUCUUCAGGAUAAAGAAACGCCGACGGUCUGCUCCGAAUGCUCGGUCCCACUUUGUGGGGAAUCGUGUCAAACUGGGGCGAAUCAUGUGGAUGAAUGUGUAUACUUGAGCCGGUUAUCCCUAACUCCGGAUCAGGCCAAGCGGCAAUUCUUGUGCUCUUGUAUCGGAGUUCUUCGAAUAUUGUUGGCCAAGAAAAAGUCGUUGGUUGCAUCAGAAAUAGUUGCCAAUUUGAUGGGACACGAAGAGACAAGAAGAGAAGAUCGCUUGCAAGCCGAGUUGCUGAGAGGCAUUGAAUGUCUCAUCAGAGACAAGUGCGGCUUGGAUUGGGUGACUUCAGACGAAUUGGCCCAUGCCUACGGGGUUCUGCAAACCAACGCCAUUGGGUAUAGAGAUGCCAAUGCUUACGCAUUUUACCCAACGAUUUCAUUGAUGUCCCAUUCUUGCUAUCCCAACCUUGAUCGACUCACUCAAUUUGGAGACAAGUUUGGCUUUCGGGCGCAGAGACACAUUUUAAGUGGAGAAGAGUUGACCAUUCGUUAUACUCGAACUUUGGAACACCGACUGGCUUUGAGGAGCACUCUGAAGACCAAGUGGCACUUUGAUUGCUCCUGUCAAAGAUGCCAAGAUCCCACAGAUCUGGGAAGUUACAUCUCAAGUCCAUUGUGCAAAACUUGCCACAAGCCCCUAGUCCCGAAAGUGCCACUCGAUCUUCACUCCUCAUGGAAUUGUUUGGAGCAGGAUUGUCCAGAUGUGUCCGAAGAAUACAUAAUCAAAUUGGACAAGAUUGCCCGGGAUAUCAUAGCCCAAGUGGACACUAGGGACUCGAAACAAUUGAAACUGGCACUAGCCACUUUGAACAAGGCCUUCCACCACAACUAUCACCAAACAGUGAAGCUAAAAUUUGAUUUCAUCAUGAAUGGAUCGCGUAGUCAAUCUUUAGAGGACUUGCAGUUAGUCGAUGAACUCAGUCAUGAUGUUAUCAGUGUGCUUGAUCAUGUUGAUAAAGGCAACACUCGUCUUUUACAAAACAUAAAGUGCAACAUGGCCAGAACCAAGGUAAAACUGUUAUCGGAAUUAAGAGCACAGGGCAAAAUAACCCAAAAAGAGUGUUUAGUCCAAACCAAAUUGGCCAUAGCCCUCAGUAAAUGAGACUUCAUCCUUGUUGUAUUCUAGAUCCAGAUGCAUUAACACGAGUAAAUUUCAGUUCAUUCAAAACA